UAAAUUCUCACCGUCAGUUUCGUUUUCUCAUGCCCCACCCUCUCCAGUUUAGAGAGGAGAAGAAAUUUAAGAGGUUUAUUGAUUGGAUUCUGAUCCCUUAUAAUAUUGUACAUUUUCCCUCCAUUUUUGGAGUGUUAAGAGAAAGUUGCGCAAGGGUUUUAUGUCUUCUGCUGCGGAAAGCAAAUUUGAGUUCUCAUCCCUCACUUCAACCCCUCUUUGUUGCUCCAUGCAACUGAAAUCCGUAAGAGUCGGCUUUGGAGUCAAGUACUCUGGAUUUCUACACAUAAAGAUUUUUCUCGAGAGGUUCUUUAGCUCGAAAUCAAGGAGAUGCCAAUGCCUUUGCAGAGGAGAAGUUUGAGGAUAAGGGCAAACAAACUGAUCAACUCAUCAGCUCCAGCAAUUUCAAAGGAAUUCAGAGAGAAGCAUGAGAUCAUGGAGAAAUCGACGUUAUUAAUUUGUCCAAGAAAAAUCCGCGUUAUCUAUGAUGAUCCUGACCUGACCGAUUCUUCCUCGGAUGAAGAAGAUGGUCGUCACGCGAGGAGAAAAAGGACGGUCUUGGAGGUCACGAUCCCAAAAAAUGGCCCUUUGGAAAAAGAAAACAAAACUACGGACGCUCCUAAUUAUAAAAGAAAUAACAAUAAUAAUAAAUAUAAAGGAGUAAGACAGCGCGCGUGGGGGAAGUGGGCAGCGGAGAUCCGAGACCCGAUAAGGAAAGAACGGGUCUGGCUCGGUACCUUUUGUACGGCCGAAGAGGCUUCUAACGCUUAUCAGGAGGCGGCGAAGCGGAUCCAGGAGCAAAAGAACGCGACGUCGAAUUUAUCGAAAAAGAACAUUCGCGAGGUGAAAAUAUCGAGCCCGGCGAUUUCUUCGGGAGAGAAUGAACCCGUUCGUAAUUCUCCCUCUUCUGUUUUACACGCGCCCGACCCGAUUACAGAAAAUGCGGUAGGAGUUUGCAACGAGGAUGGGCGAUUAUUUGCGGGAAUGUUGGAGGAGGAGAAAGAUGUGCGAAUACCAACUUUGGAUUUGUAUUUUGGGUUGGAUUUGGAUAUGGGUUUGGGCUCGCACUCGGAGCUGUUUAGGGAAGUGGAGGAUAUGGAAUUCAAUGAUCUCAAAUUGGAGGAUGUUUCGUUUAUGAGUUGUGGAAAUUACAAAGACGAUUUCCCAAGUUUGGAUAGCAUAGAUUGGAGGGAUUUUGAGUUGUAAGAGCAUCUCCAACAGCCUCCCUAUCUCAUGUCCUAGACUAAAUAUAGGGAGUAGGAGGGGAAAAAGUUGCUCCAACAGGCUCGCUAUGUUGGAGACUAAAUAAUAGGGAAUAUGAUUUGGUAUCCCAAAUCAAGGAUAUAACAAAGCGACUCCCUAUAUUUAGUCUUAACAUACGAAACAUUGUUAGAGCAACUUUCCCCCCUCUUACUCCCUAUAUCUAGUCUAGGACAUGAGAUAAGGAGUCAUUUGGGGAGUAUUGUUGGAGCACUUACUCGUUAUUUGGCUCCCUAUUUCUUAGUAUUCUCUUUUUUUUAGUCUAAGAGGGAAAAUAAAAGAGUAUUCUCUUUUUUCUUUCUUGGGCUUUUCUCGGAUUUAUUUAUCAAUUUAACAAAUGUCGAGCAAUUCCUUUACUAAAAUUGAGCAACUUUAUAUGCCAUGUUUAUGUAAUUGCGUCUUUUUAA